AUGCAUCUGUUUUGCACCUGCGCCCUAUCCUUCUCCCUGCUGAUGGCGUCCCCCCUGGUGAGUGCCAGUGUGUCCAACAGCUUCAAAGACUGCAGCCAUUUUUUCUACAUGCAGACACCACCUGUAGGGAUGAAGGGCACCAACCUGAGGAGGGUCUGCCAGAAGUAUGCAGACAAACAGCGCUACGCCACGUUGUAUGACAGCAGUCGGCACCUCCCCCUCUACUCAGCCUACAUCUUUAAGAAGUCUGAUGGGAAGAGGAGGAUGGACACACCAUGGAUGUAUGAGCCACAGUUGGUUUCUGAUGAUGAGAGUGGCAACAUGAGAGCCCUUCCCCUUACUGAAGACACCCCCCCUCUGAUUGAGGACAGCCAAGCUGUGCUGGAGGACUACACAGAUGCUGUAGAAUAUAGACGUGGCCCACUGAAUCCUGACCUGCACCAAUCACAGCCAGAUGACAAAUCCUCCACAUAUACUCUGACUAAUGUAGUCCCCUUAAUCACAAACUUCCUGGACGCUUCCUGGAACCCAUACUUGGACAUCAUCCGCCGCCGCCUCAACAACUUCUGCCACGGCACAUCUUUCGUGGUGACAGGGGUGACCGUUUCUGGGGGGACCCUCAAACGAGAUAACAAGGACCGACUCGCAAUCCCAAAACACCUAUGGCUGGCUUACUGCUGCCCGCGGUUUGACCAUAACUCUCCGUAUGAGGUGAGGUUCAUGUUCCCAAGUUAUGGGGGCUAUGCACUGAAUGAACAGACUGACCACAGCGUGGUGGAAGUCCCUCUGAAGACUCUGGAGAUCUUCCUAAAGAGCCAGUCAGACAUAGACAGUGACCUGACUAUUUUCUACAAGGGGUGUGUGUCAGAAAACAGCUUCAGGAAGAAGAGAGAGCCGACCAGUGUUUCAGUAUCAAGGGACAAUCCUGAACGGGAUGAACAUGGAUAA